AUGACGUACUCCAACGGAAUCUCAAAUGGCUCAGCCAAUGAUGCGGCGAAUGUAGAGCGUCUUGCUCUGUCCUCAAACCUGCCAGAUACCGUGCCUGGUCUCCUUAAAACGGUUGCGAAGCAUGGCAAUGAUCUCCUUGCUCAGGAUCCUGAAGCACGAGCCAAGCUGCUAGAAGCUGCACGAUCAUUGACUUUUGCAUUGGAAACUCCCCGAGAAGCAAUCAUCCGGCACUGCUGGUCUGAGUCUACGAGCUAUGCAGCCCUAGAGACGGCCGUUGAUAUAAACCUCUUCUCUGCCCUUGGCACAGAUGACAAACCGAAAACUGUCGCAGAGCUUGCUCAUGCAACCAGCGUGGAUCCAAUUUUGCUCGGGCGAUUGAUGAAGCAUCUCGCUGCGAUGGGAACAAUAACUGAGACUGGCUACAACGAAUACUGCCCCACUGGGUUAUCAAAGGUCCUCACAGUUGAGAGAUAUAGCGAUGCAUUCCCCCUCAUGACUCGUCGUUUCACCAAAGGCAUCAUGGCGCUACCGGCGUUCCUCAAAAAGAACAAAUACCAAAACCCCACAUGUCCUACAGAUACAGCGUUCCAGAUGGGCUAUGAAACAGACAUGGGUUUCUUCGGACAUGUGCAAAAGGAACCAAUCACAGCAAAGCAGUUUAAUAACCAUAUGUCAGUCUACGCUCAAGGCCGAGUUCGCUGGAUGGACCCCGGUUUCUACCCGGUCCAAGAGCAGCUUGUAGAUGGUGUCACCAUUGGCAAGGAUGAUGUCCUGCUCGUUGAUGUUGGAGGCAGCUUUGGCCACGAUCUAUCCGAUUUUCGUCGGAAAUGGCCUGGCGCCCCUGGUCGUCUGGUACUUCAGGAUCUUCCUGAGGUCGUGGUUUCCGUUAAGGACCUGCACCCCUCUAUUGAAGUUACUGGUCAUGAUUUCUUUACUGAGCAACCAGUCAAAGGAGCCCGCGCUUACUAUAUGCAUUCUGUCCUUCAUGACUGGCCCGAUGAGCUUUGUCGCAAGAUUCUCGCUAAUACCGUAGCCGCCAUGCGGCCCGGGUAUAGCAAGGUUUUGGUGAAUGAAAAUGUGAUUCCGGACACGGGGGCCUACUGGGAAACCACCAGUCUGGACUUAAUUAUGAUGGAGAUUGGAUCCGGCGAGCGCACUGAACGCCAAUGGCAUUCAUUGCUCGAGUCUGUCGGGCUCAAAAUAGUCAAGAUCUGGACUGCCCAGAAGGGCGUGGAGAGUCUGAUUGAGUGUGAGCUAGCUUAA